UGAUCUCAAAAAGCCAUUUUCAAUUCAUGGGCUUUUUGGUUCUACAUGGAGCUAAGCAAAAGGUCCACUUUUCUUCAUGCCAAGGACAUAACAUUGAUGUCCAAGAGAUUGCAAGCCAUUAAUACAGGAGCAUGGGAUGCAACUUUCAUACAAAAUUUGCAUUUUGUGAUCAAAUAGUUACUAUAGUUUGUUCUAAAAGUGGUGUAGUUUUUAAAAAUGCUCUUUUUGAUAUGAGUAUUAGCCAAAGUAUACAAAUUUCUUGAAUGGAGAUAUCUUCAGAAGCAGGGCUGCCACCAGCUACCAAAAGAAAAAAAAUGGUGAAACAAGUGACUGGAAAACGCGACGAUACACCUUUGCAUACGGCUGUCAGGGCAGGAAAUAUUAAUGCCAUCAUGCAUAUUUUAGCAGAUUGUUGUGGAGAGGAAGAGUUGAUGUCAUUGUUGUCGAAACAGAAUUAUGCAGGCGAAACGCCAUUGUAUGUGGCUGCAGAGUAUGGUUAUGUUGAUUUAGUUAGACUAUUGAUUGAUCAAUGUGAUAUUACAACAGCCAGUAUCAAAGCAAAUAAUGGUUUUGAUGCUCUUCACAUUGCUGCUAAGCAAGGAGAUUUAGAUAUAUUGAAAGUUUUGAUGGAGGCCCAUCCCGAGUUAUCUAUGACAGUGGAUAUAUCGAACACUACAGCGUUGCAUACUGCAGCGAUGCAAGGCAACAUUGAUGUGAUGAACUAUCUAUUGGAGAUAGAAAGUAGUUUGGCAUCUAUUGCAAGAAGUAAUGGGAAAACAGCGUUACAUUCGGCUUCAAGAAAUGGGCAUGUUCAAGUGGUGAAGGCUCUUUUAGAGAAAGCACCCGGCAUUUCCGCUAGGAAUGAUAAGAAGGGCCAGACAGCCCUUCACAUGGCUGCAAAAUGCCAGAACCAUGAAGUUGUCGGGGAGUUGAUUAAGGCAGAUCCGUCGUUGAUAAAUAUGGUUGACGCUAAGGGUAAUACCGCUUUGCAUAUUGCAGCCCGUAAAGCCCGUGUUCAGAUAAUCAAGAUGCUACUAGCUUGUAGCGAAAUCAACACAAGGCUCGUGAACAGAUCGAAUGAGACCGCCUUUGACACGGCCCAGAAAAUGGGCCAUCCCCACAUUGCAGGCAUUUUACAAGAACAUGGGAUCCCGAGUGCUCGGGUUCUAAAACCUUCCACUACACCAGCCAGAGAGCUAAAGCAAACAGUAAGUGACAUAAAGCACGAGGUGCACCACCAACUAGAACACACUCUUCAAACUCGAAGAAGGGUCCAUGGCAUUGCAAAACACCUGAACAAAAUGCACGCCGAAGGCCUCAACAACGCAAUAAACUCCACUACAGUGGUGGCAGUAUUGAUAGCAACGGUCGCCUUUGCUGCAAUCUUUACUGUCCCGGGCCAAUAUGCUGAUGACCCAAAUAAUGUACCUCCUGGGUUUUCACUAGGUGAGGCAAAUGUGGCCCCACAGCCGUUGUUUAUGGUCUUUUUUGUUUUUGAUUCGGUGGCUUUAUUUAUAUCGCUAGCAGUGGUCGUGGUUCAAACGUCUGUGGUGGUUAUAGAGAGCAAGGCAAAGAAGCAAAUGAUGGCUAUAAUUAAUAAGCUAAUGUGGUUGGCUUGUGUGCUUAUAUCGGUUGCGUUUUUGGCACUUGCGUUCAUUGUGGUUGGAGAGCAUGAGAAAUGGCUAGCGAUAUGUGUGACUAUUAUCGGGACAGUGAUCAUGGUCACGACAUUAGGUUUAAUGUGUUAUUGGGUGAUCAUGCAUAGGAUCGAAACUAAGAAUAUGAGAAAACUUAGAAGGAAUUCGAUGUCGGGUGGUGGAAGUAGGUCAAGAUCACGAUCUAGAUCGUGGUCGAUGUCUGUACUUUCGGACACAGAUGCGAUGAAUACAGAGUUCAAAAAAAUGUAUGCAAUAUGAAAGAGAUUAAAAGUACAGUUUAUUCUAAACUAUUUUCGUCCCA